GCGGCCACCUUCCACCGCGUUGAUCGCUCGUCACUCAUCACAUGACCCGCGCCACUGUACUCCGGUAGUCCGGUAGGCCAUAUUUGACAGUGGGCCACUAGUUUAGCGCCGUGAGUGACGUGAAGAUCGCUUUGCGUUCGACGAUCCCGCGCGACCGAUCUCCGUGCAACCUGUAAAUACACCCGCGAUCGACUUGACCGCCGAGAUCUAACAAACCAGGCCACAAUGAGUACAGAAGAAGCCCCGAUGUACUCGCCGUUCUUCGGCGUUAUGGGCGCCGCCUCUGCCAUCGUAUUUUCUGCUCUGGGAGCAGCAUAUGGCACAGCAAAGGCCGGUACAGGAAUCGCAGCGAUGUCUGUCAUGAGGCCAGAAUUAAUCAUGAAAUCCAUUAUUCCUGUUGUCAUGGCAGGUAUUAUUGCCAUUUAUGGUCUUGUAGUAGCAGUACUCAUUGCGGGUAGUCUUGGGAGAGCUCCUAAAUAUGACCUGUACAAUGGUUUCACUCACUUGGGUGCUGGUUUAGCUGUAGGCUUCUCUGGUCUAGCAGCUGGAUUUGCUAUUGGCAUCGUGGGUGAUGCUGGUGUAAGAGGUACCGCUCAGCAACCUCGUCUUUUCGUCGGCAUGAUCUUGAUUCUGAUCUUCGCCGAAGUAUUGGGUCUCUACGGCCUGAUCGUCGCUAUCUACUUGUACACAAAGUAAACGGUCAGUAGCGGCAUCCUACUACCUGCCAUGGCUCCAUGCAAGACAUGUCGCCUGCAACCAACAGCGCUCCCCGACUACUAUUAUGCUACAACUUGUUUCGACAUAUUUUACUUAAUCACGUUACUCCAUGCAUACCUAAUUACCAUCUCGGCUCAUCUCUGCGCGUUCCCCUGUCAUACUAAAAAAAAAAUGAUUCAUCUAUUUAGCGUACGGACAUUUAACCACAUCCAUGCAUUAUUUGUCACACGGAUUGCAUGAUUAUAUCGAAGGUGCUGCGAUUGAGAAGUGCGGCCGACUUUUUUUUUCUUAAUUUCGCGACACUGAUGCGCAACGACGCAUUUCGACACUGCAGUGUAUGGAGAAGCGAUUGUAAAGUGGGAAAAAACGAAAGAGUGUGGAAAGCAAAUAUCGACAGGGAAAUACAUAUUUAGAGAAAAGA